AUGUCCUGGUUACUACAGAAGAUCGUUCACAAUGAGGCUAUGAGAACUGACCCUAAGGAGAUUUAUGGCUGGAGGGUCUAUGCAUUGGCCUGCUCGGCAUGCUUUGGUGGAAUGCUAUUUGGUAUGGACUCUGGCAUCAUUGGCGGGGUUCUCACCAUGCCACCGUUUCAGGCCAAGUACGGCCUGGAGGGCCUUAGCAAGACUGCGCAGGCCAAUUUAUCUGCCAAUAUCGUCUCCACCCUUCAAGCGGGGUGCUUCUUUGGGGCCCUGAUAGCUUCCCCCGCCGCCGAUCGAUGGGGGAGAAGAUAUUCCCUUCUCGGUGCCGCGCUGCUUGGAGUUGUUGGUGUCAUAAUGCAGACUGCCGCCAGUGGUCAUCUCGAAGCCAUGUACAUUGGACGUCUCAUUACUGGCUUUGGAGUUGGCUCGGCCUCAAUGAUCAAUCCCCUCUACGUCGCAGAAAACGCACCCCGCGCGAUUCGCGGUGGGCUCACCGGUCUAUAUCAACUCUUUAUCACCGCAGGUAUCAUGCUUGCUUUCUGGAUCAACUAUGGCUCUCUGCUGCAUCUGACAGGCUCGUCUAUGUACAUUAUCCCUCUGGCAAUGCAAGGCCUUCCAGCAGUCCUUCUGUUCGCCGGAAUGCUCUUCUGCAACGAAUCGCCCCGCUGGUUGGCCAAGCAGGACCGCUGGGAAGAAGCGCGUGCCACUUUGUCUACAGUUCGAGCGCUUCCCCCUGACCACCCAUAUGUGGAAGAGGAGUUCCAAGCUAUCGCGACACAACUGGAACAGGAGCGUGCUCUCAUCAGUGGCUCAGGAUUCUGGGACCUCAUGAAGGAGAUGUGGCUGAUCGCUGGUAACCGAAACCGCGCGAUGAUUUCGAUCUUCUUGAUGGUCUGCCAGCAGAUGACCGGUACAAACGCUAUCAACUACUAUAGUCCUCAGAUUUUUAAAAACUUGGGAAUUGUUGGUAAUGCAACCAACCUCUUCGCAACAGGCGUUUACGGCAUUGUGAAAAUGGUCAGCUGUGGCGUCUUCCUCAUCUUCGUCGCUGACUCCCUCGGUCGCCGCCGUUCGCUUCUCUGGACAUCCAUAGCCCAAGGAAUGGCAAUGCUGUACAUUGGUUUGUACGUUCGCAUCGCACCUCCAGUCCAGGGUGCACCUGUAAUUCCGGCUGGCUACGUCGCCCUGGUCUGCAUCUUCCUGUUUGCGUCUUUCUUCCAGUUUGGCUGGGGUCCAGUCUGCUGGAUCUAUGUCUCCGAGAUCCCAAGUGCCCGACUCCGGUCUCUGAAUGUUGCUUUUGGCGCGGCGACACAGUGGCUGUUCAACUUUGUUGUGGCUAGGGCGGUGCCCGUCAUGUUAACUACUGUCGGUGCAAAUGGUUAUGGGACAUACAUUAUCUUCGCAUGCUUCUGCUUCUCCAUGUUUUUCUUUGUCUGGUUCUUUAUUCCAGAGACAAAGGGUGAGUUCCUCAUUGAGCCGAUACGAUUGUCUCUCGAGAAGAUGGAUGAUCUCUUCGGAGUUACUCAAUUGGUCCAGCAAAAGACUGCUGAUCCGGAGCAGGGCACUGCCACUGUGGAUGGAGCAUAUAAUGCUGCUGAAUCUCAUGUCGAGCGUGUUGAUCGUUCUACACACUUGGCUGACAUGGAGCCUGGUAUGAAACGAUACUAA